CAGACAAACAAGUAAUAGGGUUUUGGGAGUUGGGCAUCUCUCUCUCUCUCUCUCUCUCUCUAACUUUUCUUGUUACUUUCAAAGGUACAAUCGACAAGAAAAGCGGGGAAAGAAAAUUUGAUCUUUUGAAGAGAAUGAAAGAGAAAAAGCAGAGCCCCAUCCUCUUCCUCUGCUUGUCAAUGUCUCUCUGAAAACAAAGAGAAAAAGGAGUCUCCAUUUUUCAAAGAUUUGGCGCAGGAGGCUCAGAAAAAGGCUAAAACGGAAGCCAUUCUGUCUUUGAGAGAGAAGGAGAGGGAGUUAUGGUGGGUAGCUCCAUUUGCGUUUGGCGCCUUUGGUUGAUGGCUCUGAUGGCCGGCCUGGUGAGCGUCGCCGGCAUGGAAGACCCCAAUACCGACGGAUACUUCGUCGCCUCCUUCUUCCAGAAGAUGGGACUUACGUCUUCGUCGCUCCCCAACGAGAACUUCCGCGACGACGCGCCCACCUGCUCGUGGAAGGGCGUCGUCUUCUGCGGGAUGGCAGGUCGCGUGACGAGGCUGGUAGCCUCCGGCUUCGGCCUCUCCGGCCCCAUUCCGGACACUACCGUCGGGAAGCUCUCCGGCCUCGAGGAUCUCGACCUCAGCAACAACUCGGUCUCCGGUUUCUCAUCGGAUUUCUGGGGUUUGGGAGCUACACUCAGGAGCCUCAAUCUGUCCAGGAAUGGGAUUUCUGGUUUCCUCCCCAAUGACGUCGGCAACCUUGGCUCUCUUCGGGUCCUGGAUCUCUCGCACAACAAUCUUUCCGGCGAGAUUCCGGCGACGUUCAGCUCUCUUACCACUCUGAAGGUGCUGAACCUCAAGGGCAAUGCUUUUGAGGGGAGGAUUCCUGGGGGGAUCGUGAAUUGCGCGGCUCUGGUUUCUCUCGACCUCUCGUUGAAUCGACUGAGCGGGAAAGUCCCCAGUAGGUUCGCGUCUUCGCUGACGGAGCUUAGGGAAUUAAACCUCGCCGAAAACGGCAUCGUGGGGAGGGGUUCCGACCUCUUUCUGGGCUUGAAAUCCGUCGUCUUCCUCAACGUUUCCGGCAAUCAGUUCCAAGGGUCCGUCUCGGGCGCCCUCUCUCUGCCGUCGUUGCAGGUUCUCGACGUGAGCCGCAACUGGUUUCAGGGUCACAUCUCGUCCGCGAAUGCGCGGUGGUCGGCGAGCUUGGCGUUUGUCGACUUGUCGGAAAAUCAACUUAGCGGCGACAUCUUCAUCGCCGGCAGCAAGUCGCUCAAGCAUCUCAACCUCGCUCGCAACAGGUUCGCCCGGGGGAGCUUCCCUCCUGGAUUGCUGGAGCUAGCCGGCCUGCAAUUCCUGAACCUGUCUGGGACUGGUCUUAUUGGAAACCUGCCCACUGGCAAGGAGAUGUCCAAUCUCCGCACCCUGGCGGUGCUGGAUAUCUCGCACAAUUUCAUCGCCGGAAGGAUUCCGAAUGGCUUGGAGCGUCUUGAAGGUCUGAACCAGCUGGACUUCUCGUGGAACAAUCUCUCCGGCGAGAUUCCACUUCCUCUCCAAGAGAAGCUCCCCAAAAUGGGCAGGUUCAACUUCUCCUACAACUUCAAGCUGACAAUUUGCUCUUCCAUUUUCCUGCCGCGGUCCUUUCCCUCCUCUUUCCUCGGCCUGAACAGGGGCAGCUGCCCGAUUGCCGUGAACCCGAGCGCGCCGAAGACGGGGAUGACCGAGGGGCAGCCGAAACACAGGGGACUGAAGCUCGCCGUGGCUGUAGUUUUAGCUGCAGUUUGUUUGUUGAUGGGUUUGGUGUGUCUGGUCCUCGCCUGUAGAAGACGACCCAGACUCUGGGCCGUGAAGCAACUCUCUUUCAAAGAAGAACAACCGGCCGUUUCGGGGCCCUUUUCGUUCCAGACGGACUCGACGACGUGGGUAGCCGACGUGAAGGUCGCCACCUCCGUUCCUGUGGUCAUGUUCGAGAAGCCGCUGCUGAAUUACACGUUCGCAGACCUCCUGGUCGCGACCUCGAAUUUCGAUCGAGGUACAUUGCUCGCGGAAGGGAGGUAUGGCCCCGUUUACAGGGGCGUUCUGCCAGGAGGAAUGCACGUUGCCGUCAAGGUCCUGGUGAAUUCGGCGUCCGUCGGCGACGAGGAGGUGGCUCAGGAGCUGGAGAGGAUCGGCAGAAUUAAGCAUCCCAAUCUGGUUCCGCUGACUGGUUAUUGCUUGGCAGGAGAGCAGAGGAUCGCAAUCUAUGAGUUCAUGGAUCACGGGAGCCUCCAACGGUGGCUGCAUGAUCUCCCCAUCGGGACUCAAAUCACAGAGGAUUGGAGCAACGAUACAUGGGAGGAAGAUGACGGAGGCGGCCGGAGCACCUGGAACGAAGGCGUCACCACCACCUGGCAGUUCAGACACAGGGCGGCAUUGGGCACGGCCAGGGCGCUGGCAUACCUUCAUCACGGUUGCAUUCCUCAGAUCAUUCAUAGAGACGUAAAAGCGAGCAGCAUUUACCUGGAUUCUUCAUUGGAACCCAGAUUAUCGGAUUUCGGGCUGGCCAAGAUCACCAUGAUUGAUCUCAAAUCCGAGUCUUUGUCCACAAGUUGGUCUGGUUACUUGCCUCCGGAGCUGCUCGAGUCAGAAGCAUAUGAUGCUGUCAGUCCGAAAUCCGACGUUUACGGAUUCGGAGUAGUGCUGUUUGAGUUGAUCACCGGAAAGAAGCCGGUCGGCGACGAUUACUCCGAUCGGAGGGAUACCAAUUUGGUUAGGUGGGUUAGAGAUCUAGUGAAGAAGAAUGACGCCUCGAGCGCAAUUGAUCCGAAGAUUGCAGAGACAGGAUUAAAGGCGCAAAUGGUGGAAGGUCUGAGAAUUGGGUAUCUUUGUACCGCAGAUUUACCUUCAAAGAGACCCAGUAUGCAGCAAGUUGUUGGCCUUCUGAAAGACAUAGAACCUUCUGCACAUCAAUGAAGAAAAUUAUGGAAUUUCCUUUUUUUCUUUUCUUCCGAUGGAUAUGGGAAUCAUUCUUCUUCUUAGCGAUUCCUGCAUCGAUAUUGCUGACGUUGGAAGGAAGGUUGAAGAGUAGGAAGAAAUGUGGUAAUUAAGCAGUAAUGGACCCCAAAGAUAUUUCAGCCAAAAAAUGGUAGUCUUUUUCUCGAAGACACAUGAAUUCAUUUCAGGGGAUGCCACCAUCAUUCUGUUCUUGGCUACUGCUGAUAUUGUCCAUGUAGGUAUAGAAAGGCGUUGAUACUCACUCUCUCUCUUUUUCUCUUUCUCUUCGUUUCUCCUUUGCUUCGUUUAUUGAUUACUCUUUUGAGGUGGAAGAAAUUGUACAGUGGUUAGUGCGAUUUCAUGGAAAUUUAUACUAA